GGCUAGAUCCUGACCAAGCUCACCUGAGUGUGUUCUCAGUAUAAUUAGCCCUGGGCAUUGCUGGAGGGAGUGGACAUAGGAAACGGUCACACCUAAGAUUUGGGCACUGACAAAGCACACCUCCUGCUGGGCCAAAGCACAGGUGUGUGUGGUUGAGGCUGAAGGUCCCUGGGCCUGGGGAACAGCCUGUCCAGGUGGAACAAAGUACAUCUGGGUGUGCAGGGUUGAGUCAUGCAGUGGUAAGUGCUGCAGUUUAUGAGUGAGGACUUCCAGCCACACAGGUGGCCCAGAGAGAGGAGACCCUACCCUGCCAGGACCCAGGGGAACUGACAGGGACCUGGAGAUCAGAGUCAGGCUUGGGCUGCCAGUGGGAUAUUGUGUAAAUAAGGGACAACCCAGUGCCUGGUCCCAUCAUCUUCAGGGAAGGGAAGAGGCUGCCUGAGAUUACCAAGAUGAACUGCUGUUUGGUGAGCUUAGCCUUCUGUGCCUUUCCAGCAGCUACCUUGAGCAGGAGGAAGCCAGCCUGCCCUUUCAUUCCUGGGAGGGGUGGAUAUGGGAAGGAAAUACCUGGGCAGGAAGGGGAGGGUGUACCCUGGUUCUGGGGCAAGUAGGGUUUGGGAAGAGAGUGGAGCCCCAUAGCCACUCCUGAGAGGCUUGGGGCUGACUGGUCAUUCCCAUUGUUUAGGAGGGGUGGGAACUUGAUGCCUAGUUUCUGGAUGGGCACCUUUGCCUGAUCACUGGAAAAGACCCUUACAGAAGCAACUCUGCCCCCAAUCUGACAACCCCACUUCACCUAAACCAGGUAGCCUUCCUCCCUGCUCCUGAGCUCCCAUAUCACUGAGAGUCCCUGACAUGGUGGCCCAAAGAGUGCCCAGGGCAGGGCAGGCUGGCUGAUUGUGGGGAGACUUCUGAUUUGAGACUGCUGAGUCUCUAUGAUGUGAGAUCCCCCGCUCUGAGCUCCCUACCCUGCAAUCAUGUCUUUCCUUUAAACUCCAAAGCCCACAGCAACCUAUGCUUCCCACUCCUCCCUAUCUGACCCUGGGCAACUACUACUGCGCCAUGGAGGCCUUGGACAGUGGGGUCUCUCUGUCUCUCUCUCUCCUCUCUCACAUUCACUGAAAGCCCCCCAUGGAGCUUCAUCCUGGACUCCACUGUACAUGCAGCUUUGGAGCAAGAGUUCCCUUGAAUGAAGGCCCCUGCACUUAGACUGGCUGCAAAUGCUGGGAGCAACUGCCUGCCUCUGUGGUGGAGGUCCUUUUUCUAUUUUAGACAUAUUUAGAUCUACAGAAAAGCUUACAAGAUAGUGCAGAGAGUUCCCAUAGAUCCUUUCGCCAAGGUCUUCCUCACUCAUGUCUGCAUUAGUGUGGCGCAGUCAUCACUGCAAUGAACUGAUGAUGCCUGCCUGCAUCCUUGUUAGCUAAAAACCAUACUCUAAUCAGAUGUCCCUGGGUCUCCCCUAUGUCCUCAUUCCACCCUUCCCAGAGCCCCUUCUGACUUUCAGACCUUGGUUGACAGUCCUGCAGAUUCUCCUUGACUUGGCUGCUUGGAUAAACGCCACCAAGCAUUUUGUAUGAUGCCCCUCUGUUGGAAAUUAGCUCAUUUUCUUGAACUUUGUCCAGGAUCAUGGGUUUCAGGAGGAAGAUCUUGGGGGUGAACAGCCUGCCCUACAGGUAGAGUUGACAUGACUUAACUGCCAUGAUGCUGACCUAAGUUGCUUGGCGGGGGGGUCCUGGUCAGGUGUGUUCACUGAAAAAGUGGGAUUUCUCCUUUCAUACUGUCUUCUGAAAUGAGACCAUGACCCGUGCAGCCAAAGGGGGUGGGAGGGAGGUCUGCUCAACCCUGGCAUUCACCCCAGUUAGAAGUCACAAUAGGCAGCAGAGGAGGCCCUAUGGGUGGGCAUUCUAAAAUUCCUCAACAUGUGUUAGUGUGAAGCCAGGCUUACAGAGAAGGACAAGUGAAAUUUCCAGGACCCGACAGGCCCAGGCUGUGCAAGUGGACAGGUUUUGCUGAUGGACCCAAGGCAGUAUGGGGAGAAAGCCAUUCAGGUGAAGUAUCCAGGGAUAAGGAGGCCGGCCACUCUGAAGAGGAGAUUGGUGUUUUGUCUGACCCUUGGAGUCUGAGGUGACUGAAUGCCAAUGUCAGGCAGGAAAGAGGUACAAGUGUGGAUUUGGGAGUCCUGCUAUACAUCAUCUGACACCAGGGCCCUAGCUCUUCCAGGCCAACUCCAGAACUGAGGCACCCAGAACCAAACAUGCAGAAUGAAUGGCUGUGACCAUGUGUACAAGUGCCAGAGAUCCCCCUAGGUCAAAGCACCACUGCUCAGACCCCAGCUAGUCUCAAUGGUUAACUGCAUGCCUCCUCAACUGCUUAUCUGUCACAGCGGGAGUAUUUACACUAGGCAAUUGGUAACCACUGCAAACCAAGGCUUCCCUAGACAGCCAAUUGUUAAAUACUGUGCACACACUGCCAGGCAGGUCUGCCCAGGCACCCCAGGGAUUCUUGCUCCAUUUCUCCCUUGGGCCUGCUUCUUGUCUUAGGCUUCUAUUGGGACUGCAUUGUGGGCCUCCAGCUCCUGUGAUGGGGCAGGUCCUUGGAGAAAGCUGGAGCUAAAGCUGAGGUAAGGGAAUUGGAGCUACUAUUGGGAAGGCUCCCAGCAUGUCCAAGCCUGUCCGAAGCAGAGGAAUGGAGGGGGUGGCCCCUACAUCUGAAGAUGUGGAUGCACUAAUUUGUGAAUAUGUGUGGACCUUGUGCAUGUAUGCAUGUACACAGGAAUAUGUACAUAUUUCUGUACAUGCAUGUGUGUGAUGACAUGUGCCUUAGUGCAUACCUGUUUGUGCAUGAGUGUACAAGUGUUAGUGUCUGCAUAUGUAUCUAGGUGUGUAUCUGUACAUGUGUAUGAAUGCACACGUCUGUGUGCAUGUGUACAUGUAUAUUUUGAGUAUGUGUAUGCAUACCAGUGUGCAUGUGCAUCUGUGAGUGCACAUGUGUGUAGGUAUUCAUAUGUUUCUGCACAUGUGUACACAAGGGUGCUGUGACUGCACUUACGCGUUUUCAUGUGUGUGUACAUGGAUGUGUGUGUUUGCUCAUGAAGGUGUGUGUUUAUGACUGGACACGUGAAUAUGCCUCAAGCAGGGGCUGCACAGAUGUGAGGAAGUAGGGCCACUUCCUCAGGAACCCCUGCUUCCCCCUCUGCCUGCCCCCUCUUCCUGCCUUGUGGGGAGAAACCCGGGCUGCAUAAAGAGGCCUGGAGUCCCACGGCUCCUGAUGCUGCUCCCACACCUGCUGCAGCUGCCUUCUAGGCCUAGCCAGGACCAGAAGUGUCAUUGUCGGGGGUCUCCUGCCCAGAGCUACCUAAAAGCAGGUCCUACCCGCCUGCGCCCAUGACCAACAUGAGCUGGAGCUUCCUGACGCGGCUGCUGGAGGAGAUCCACAACCACUCCACCUUUGUGGGCAAGGUGUGGCUCACUGUGCUGGUGGUCUUUCGAAUUGUGUUAACGGCUGUGGGUGGCGAGUCCAUCUACUCGGAUGAGCAGUCCAAGUUCACAUGCAACACACGGCAGCCAGGCUGCGACAACGUCUGCUAUGAUGCCUUUGCGCCCUUGUCACACGUUCGCUUCUGGGUCUUCCAGAUAGUGGUCAUUUCCACGCCCUCAGUCAUGUACCUGGGCUACGCGGUCCACCGCCUGGCGCGCGCCUCAGAGCAGGAGCGCAGACGCGCUCUCCGCCGCCGUCCGGGUCCCACCCGCGGAGCCCGGCCGCAUGUGCCUCCGCCUGGCUGGGCAGAGCACGCAGACCUGGGCGAGGCAGAGCCCAUGCUGGGACUGGCAGAGGAGGAGGAAGAGGAAGAGCAGGGGGCGCCAGAGGGGCCGGGCGAGGAGGGUGAGGAGGAGCGUGUUGAGGAGGCUGCCGCCAAGGCAGCCACGGGGGACAGCAAAGUGUCUGGGGCACCGGGCCCGGCGGGGCAGCACGACGGUCGGCGGCGCAUCCAGAGAGAGGGCCUGAUGCGCGUGUACGUGGCCCAGCUGGUGGUCAGGGCAGCCUUCGAGGUGGCCUUUCUGGUGGGCCAGUACCUGCUGUAUGGCUUUGAGGUGCGGCCCUUCUUCGCCUGCAGCCGCCAACCCUGCCCGCACGUGGUGGACUGUUUCGUGUCUCGGCCCACCGAGAAGACGGUCUUCCUGCUGGUCAUGUACGUGGUCAGCUGCCUGUGCCUGUUGCUCAACCUCUGCGAGAUGGCGCACCUGGGCCUGGGUAGUGCACAGGACGCCGUUCGUGGCCGCCGGGGUCCCUCAGCGCCAGCUCCAGGCUCCGCGCCGCGUCCCCCGCCCUGCGCCUUUCCGGCCGCUGUGGCUGGCCUGGCCUGCCCGCCCGAUUACAGCCUGGUGGUGCGCGCGGCAGAGCGCGCCCGUGCGCACGACCAGAAUUUGGCCAACCUGACCCUGCAGGCGCUGCGGGACGGGGCUGCAGUGGCUGCCGGUGAUCGUGACCGGGACAGCCCGCCCUGUCCCGGGCUCUCAGCGGCCUCCCGGGGGCCACCUAGGGCUGGUGCCCCGGCUUCUGGAACCGGUAGUGCCACGUCAGGGGGCACCGUCGGGGAGCAGGGUCGGCUGGGCACCAAGCCUAGAGCUGGCUCGGAGAAGGGCAGUAGUGGCAGUAGGGACGGCAAGGCCACUGUGUGGAUUUGAGGGUAUGGGAGGGGAAGGCCAGAUGUGUGUGCCUCAGUUUGUGGUCUCAGGAAGGGCUAAGGUACUUGGGAGGCAUUGACUUGGGUACCUCUCACUCCAGGGUGAGAGGGGGAGGUCUAGGGGAUCUGGGAACCACAAAGGUCCUGAAUUCUGGUCUGCAACUCUGAAGAGUUGAUAAAGCUGAGACAAGACACUGACUCACCCCCUCCAGGACCAUCCUGAGCAAAGAUGCCCACUGCUGGGGCUGCUAGCCCUUCCCUUCUACUUCCUUGCAGCCACCCUGUGGGACUCCCUAAGGUGCCUGGCAUGAAAGUUUUUGGGGAUUGUGCUUGUCCCCACUCCCUGAAGCAGCAAGUGUGCUCCUUUGCAGUGUUCUCAGUUCCUGUGAACACAGGUUCUGGUUCCUGCAAAGGUGGCGCAAUCCCAGUGCUUCCUUGCUUGGAAGGUUAAGCCAAAGCAGGCCUGAGACAAGCAGAGGCCCAGCUCUGGUCUGCACCCAUCUCCUGGCUCCCUGCUUAAGACAGUUGGGGUAAAACUGUGGACAGGGCUUGGACUGCACAGGAUCUCCCCCCUCUCUUAGCUGUGAUGGCCUACCAUAACCCCUUCUUUGGGGACAUACUGGAAAUUAUGCAGAGCUAUUGCUGUGCCUUACUACUUGGACUGACAAAGUUUUGGAUUGCUUGGACUGGCAUGGCUUUGGCCAGGCUAGGGGAAGGGGGCUUUGGAGAGCUUGUCCAUAGCUUCUCUGCCAUCAUCCCUAAUUCAGAGCCA